AUGUUAUCCGCUCUCUACUCGCACGCAGAGGCCUGGCCUGUUGAUUCUCACCAAUCUACGGUCUCCGAUUCUGACACUGGGAGCUUUGACAAUACUCCUGCCCCGAGCAAUCGUCCAUCAUUAUCUAUUACCCGUCCCGUCAUUGCAAUUGGAGCACAUGAGUAUUUCCCGGCUAAUACGAAAGACAAGGGUUGCCGUCGCCGCCGCCAACCUCGACUGUUUUCCAGAUUGAUCAGAGGACAUAAUGAUGCCGAAAAGGAGCCUUUAUUUUCGCUCCAAGACAAGACUGAAAAAAGUCAUGCCCCACUGCAAAAGAUUUCAAACGGGUCUGAAUUGAACAGCAUUGAUGGUGCCGCUCAGAAGAACCCGUAUCGCCUUCGCACUGCUGGCCGGCCAAAAAAGAUCGACAAAAAGCGGUCGAGCAUCGACCUCAACGGUUCCCGCCUGCAGCCAUUGUCAGUCCAGAAUGGUGUCAACUUCCCAUCAUACGACUCUCCAGAACCAAGAGACGCUCUUCAACUUUUGGACGAUGAAACUUGCAGCGUUGCGUCAUUCAGCACAAUUGCGUCGCAUCCUGGUCAUCAUCAUCUCGUGAUGCAAAUGCCUUCGCCUAUUCAGCCCGACUAUUCUUGGCAGCACGCAGAAGAUGCCCGUCACAGCCUUUCGGCUUGUUUGACCUUUCCAACAGACGAAAAAGGGGGCUCAGACGAUCUGUUACCUCCUAUUCCAAUUCGCAGUUUGCGGCAGAAAUCUUCUUUGGUAGAUAUACCCCACAGCCACUCGGAUAAUGUGUAUGGCGUCACUUCAUCCAUUUCUUCGUUGCCAAACAGGGGCCUCAAGCGCAGUUAUUCAGUUGGUUCGCUGCUCGACUACACUAGGGCUUCAAAGUGGCUGCGCGACAUGUUGUGGUAUCCUGAAUCCUACACAACAAAACUUACCAGGCGCCCGACGAAUUCCGGCUCUCGAUCGAAGUCUGUCAAUGCUUUAGAGGACCCGUCUUUGGCCGAUGUUCAGCUAGCACGAAGAGUGACCGGACUGUCAAAGUACUCUACCAGAUCAGACUCGCGCUUCGAUGGCUUUUUGUUUCGUCGAGCUGUGAGCGACUUGGAGAGACUAGUGAAUGAAGCGGUCUCAAUAGCUUCGCAGGUUGUUGAUCUCUCCAAUAAACGUGCUCCUUCAACUCACUCUCGGCAAAGCAGCAAAGAGAUAGCAAGCUCCGACUCAGACGUGUCUUCCUCCAGCGAGGAGGUUUCAUCAGAAAAGACAGAAAACUACUCUUCGCCAAGGCCCACUUGCAAACAUGCAGAGACAUUUUCUGCAGCCGACAACAGGCCUCGUCUACGCGAAGUAAUAGAAAAUUACUCGGAUGAUGCAGUGAUGACCAAAUCGGAAGAGUACUCUCAAGCACAACGCCACGUUACCUUUCAACUUCCAGGUGCUGCAAUGGGAGAAGAUGGUAACCGGUCUUUCUCUGUCCACUCUCAAAUGGGUGGAAAUGCUCGUUCAGCAGGUGCUCGAGGUAAACAGAGAGCAUAUAUGAAUCCCUACCAAACAGCGACCGACGCGGUGCCACAAGGUACCUUUCAAUUCGGUAACGAACAGCUCCCAGAGCAAGAUAUCGCAGGCCGGCAAAUGCCUACCGACCAUGGUAUCAGUUUACGACGUCGCUCACAUGUCAGCUUACCGGCGGGUCAACGAUUCAAUUUAGCACGAUCGCAUCGACGCCAGCCUAUCGCCAGAGACUGGUCGACAAUUCGCAAGCGAUUCGUCGCUUCGGUCGCUUGUAUCAGCACCGCUUUGAUUGGUAUUAUUCUUGGAAUCUAUGCUGGACUGGUUCCGUCCAUCCAGUACUAUGUCAUUGACCCUGAUCAUGUGGUUGUUCAUGGAAAUACUGGCUGCUUUCUCGGCAUGGCCAUUCCCACAUUUCUUCUAUGGCCAUUGCCCUUACUUCACGGGAGAAAGCCCUAUAUUCUAAGUGGUCUCGUUCUCGCAAUGCCGCUUUUGUUCCCACAAGCACUUGCCGUUACCUCUCAGAGACUGUUUGAUUCAGUGCAAUGGCGAUCGCUGCUCCUUGGUUCGAGGACACUGAUGGGUAUGUCGCUUGGGUUCGCCAGCAUGAAUUUUCAUUCCACUCUCACUGACCUGUUUGGUGCCUCCCUGAUGAGUGUGAAUCCUCAUCAGGAGGUGGUUGAUCAUUACGAUGCACGGCGCCACGGAGGUGGCAUGGGAGUUUGGCUCGGCAUCUGGACUUGGUGCUGGAUUGGCUCCCUUGGAGUAGGCUUUCUCGUUGGUGCAUCCAUCAUCGACAAGUAUACGCCGACGUGGGGUUUCUAUGUCAGCAUCAUCCUCAUCGCUGUGGUUCUAUUUCUUAAUGUCGUUUGUCCCGAAGUCCGCCGUUCUGCUUACAGACGCUCUGUUGCAGAGGUCAGAACAGGAUCUGACAUUUCUCGUCGUGUGGCGCGUGGCGAGAUCAUGAUGCACAGGGCCAAGACUGGGCCCAGGUGGUGGGGAGAAGAGGUGUACCACGGCAUUGUUCUGUCCAUGGAGAUGCUUCGACAGCCAGGAUUCUUGGUCAUGGCAAUAUAUUCCUCGUGGAUCUACUGUCAGGUAGUCUUGAUCAUUGUUCUUUUGGGCUCCUUGGCCUCGAAGCACUAUAGGUUUCGAUCUCCUGCGGUUGGUCUCUUGGUUGCCAGCAUGGCACUGGGUGCACUAUUAGCAAUUCCGUUUCAAAAGGCAAACCUGUUCUCUAGAUCUCGAUUCGCGCAACUCAAUACCAGCAAAGCCACGCUGGACAAACGCGUCGUUUGGUCUUCCCACAUGGUGCGCCGGACUGUGUUUUCGCUACUUCUCCCACUGGUCGGCAUUUGCUACGCGGCUGUUUCUACCGGUCCACCUAUGCAUAUAAGCUUGCCGACGAUAUUCUCCCUUGGUGUUGGCUUUCUUUCCUGCCUAGCCAUUUCUGAAUGCAACGGCCUCAUCAUGGAAACGUUUGACUGCUCCGAUCUGAGCCCUGGAAUGACGGGUCGGCAACGUGGCUCUUCUGCCCGAAAUCCAAAGCGAACGAACUACUCCUCCUUUCCUCGAGUGACUGCUGGAUUUGCGAUUAUCCAAACUUUUGCUUUUAUUUUGGCUGCUGGUUCUACCGCACUCGGUGGGCAUGUCACGAGGACGCUAGGACAGCAAGUUGCGACUGGCGUCGUUGCAGGCAUUUUAUUGGUUCUGACGGUACUUUUACUUUUAGUUCUUGUCCGCUUUGUGGAAAUUCAAAUCAUUCCACGAUCCAAAACUGACGAGAUGGACCGAGUGGUGGAAGCCAGGCGAAAGUCAACCAUUCGCCGAGCAUCAAUGCCAAAUGACCCGCAGGCUAUGAUGGAGGAGGAGCAGGCGUGGCGUCCGAUCAUGAUUGGCAACCCCAUUGGAAAGACGCGCCGAAUGAACAUUCUCGAGCUCGGCGGCAAGACGCGAUGGCAGGAAAUCCGAAAGAAGAAUCGCCUCAUUGAUGCCGGUGCUCAUUUGAACCGUGGCGCUUUAGAACAAGGGUUGGGGGCGCUGGAUAAUCAGAUGAGUGACUUGAAGCGAGGUUUGCAUAUUGGUAGCAGGAGGGCAAAGGGCAGGGGGAUGCAUCGAUCAGACGAAAGCAGCGAGACUGGGAAUGACCUAGACUUUGACGGAUACAGCAUGAGCAAUCUCAGCACCCCAGGCAAAGGUCGGAACGCACGUGAGCGGGAGAAUUCGAUGGAGACGGCCAUGAUAGAUGAGGAAUUAGGUCGCGCACACCAGAAAUGA